GGCGUGUCUCCAGGUGUAAUCUGUGCGGAACGUUUCCCCGCCUCUGAGUAAGGCCAGGCGGAUAGGGUGAUUGGGCCCCGAAGGUACCAUUGGUGGUGCGCACAGUAUAUAGAAUAUAGCCGGACUGCUGGGCAUUCUUACACCGCGGGAAAUGGCCGCCAGAGACGACCAGCGCGCUGCCUGCGGAGGCUUCCAGCAUUCUUCUGAGCCCAGAGCAACUUCCAAUGAAACAAUGAGGGAAAGUCAGAAGGAGUAUGCGGACGAUAAUGACAACGGUAUCCACAUUAUCAAUAUCAAGGCUAUUGAAGACAUUGGAUAUGUCCAGUCUGAUGGCAUGUUACUAAAAUCCUUGGGAACAGAUCAGGAUAGCGCCUGUAAACAUGGCUUAUACUUUAGAGAUGGGCAGAAGAAGGUGGAUUAUAUCCUGGCAUAUACCUACAAGAAAUCCUCCGGCAGCAGAACACCAAACAAAAAAAACCAUCACAGCAACUCCGUACAUAGCUUGCACAGCACAAAGGAUGAUCACCAUCUCCCCGGGGGAGCAGCCGACCUGGAGGCAAUGGAAGCAGAGCCUAAAAUGGAUUAUCAUGAAGACGACAAGCGUUUCCGCAGGGAAGAGUAUGAAGGCAACCUGAUCGAGACUGGUCUAGAACUGGAAAGAGAUGAAGAGACUAAACAGCACGGCGUUGGCUUUGUAAAGAUCCACGCUCCUUGGAAUGUUCUGUGCAGAGAAGCUGAGUUUAUGAAACUCAAGAUGCCCACAAAAAAGUUCUAUCAAAUCAACCAGACUCCAGGCCUGAUGCAGAAACUGAGCUCUUUUAUUCAGAAAAUAAGCGAACCAAUUCAGCCCAAGGUUGCUGGGCUCCGACCCCAGACAGUAAAGCCUCUCUCCUACCCCUUCUCCAGGGAGAAGCAGCACUUAUUCGAUAUGUCAGACAAGGACUCGUUUUUUGACAGCAAAACAAGAAGUUCCAUUGUGUAUGAAAUCCUCAAGCGAACAACCUGCACCAAAGCUAAAUACAGCAUGGGAAUUACCAGCUUGCUUGCCAAUGGUGUGUACAGCGCUGCCUAUCCACUGCAUGACGGUGACUAUGAAAGUGAAGCCGAAGCCAAUGAUAGGAAGCUGCUGUGUGACGAGUGGGCAAGUUACAGCGUUUUUUACAAGUACCAACCAAUUGACCUUGUCAGGAAAUAUUUUGGGGAGAAGAUAGGCUUGUACUUUGCCUGGCUGGGAGUUUAUACUCAGAUGCUUAUUCCAGCUUCAAUUGUGGGAAUAAUAGUGUUCCUGUAUGGAUGUGCCACCGUUGAUGAGGAUAUUCCAAGCAUGGAGAUGUGUGACAAUAGAUACAACAUUACCAUGUGCCCCCUGUGCGACAGGACUUGUAACUACUGGAAGAUGAGCUCUGCGUGUGGUACAGCCAGGGCCAGCCAUCUCUUUGACAACCCAGCUACAGUAUUCUUCUCAGUCUUCAUGGCUUUAUGGGCUGCCAGCUUCAUGGAGCACUGGAAGAGAAGGCAGAUGCGCCUCAACUACCGAUGGGACCUAACUGGGUUUGAAGAGGAAGAGGAUCAUCCAAGGGCAGAAUAUGAGGCUAAAGUUCUGCAGAAAUCUCUGAAAAAAGAAUACAGGCACAAAGAGACUGAAAAGGAGAAGCUCACCUGGAGAGACAGGUUUCCAGCUUACCUAACAAACGUGGUGGGCAUCAUUUUUAUGAUUGGCGUGACGUUUGCAAUUGUGUUCGGAGUCAUCAUGUACCGAAUAUCCACUGCUGCGGCCUUAGCGAUGAGCUCAAACCCAAACACCCGUGCGAACGUGAGGGUCACUGUCACAGCGACGGCAGUGAUCAUCAACUUGGUGGUGAUUCUGAUCCUUGAUGAAGUGUAUGGGGCAAUUGCCCGGUGGCUUACGCAGAUUGAGGUCCCCAAAACUGACCAGACAUUUGAAGAACGCUUGAUAUUCAAGGCUUUCCUGCUGAAGUUUGUGAACGCUUACACGCCCAUUUUUUACGUGGCUUUCUUUAAGGGCAGGAUUGUUGGACGGCCUGGAGAUUACUACUAUAUAUUUCAGUCAUUUAGAAUGGAGGAGUGUGCCCCUGGUGGUUGUUUGAUGGAACUGUGCAUCCAGCUGAGUAUCAUUAUGUUGGGGAAGCAGCUGAUUCAGAACAAUCUCUUCGAGAUUGGAAUCCCGAAGAUGAAGAAGUUGAUCAGAUACCUUAAGUCAAAAAGACAGUCCUAUAAGGACCACGAGGAGCACUUAAAGAAGAAGCAACGUUAUGAGGAGGAUUAUGACCUAGAACCCUUUGCAGGUCUGACUCCAGAGUACAUGGAAAUGAUAAUACAGUUUGGUUUUGUGACCCUGUUUGUUGCCUCUUUUCCACUGGCUCCCCUCUUUGCUUUACUGAACAACAUCAUUGAAAUCCGGCUAGAUGCAAAAAAAUUCAUCACUGAGCUCAGGAGACCUGUAGCCGUCAGAGCAAAGGAUAUAGGUAUCUGGUAUAACAUCAUUCGGGGACUCGGCAAGCUUGCUGUGAUAAUCAAUGCCUUUGUGAUAUCUUUCACAUCCGACUUCAUACCACGGCUUGUUUACCUCUACAUGUACAGCCCUGAUGGCACAAUGCAUGGCUUUGUCAACCACACACUCUCCUACUUUAAUGUCACUGACUUUAAACCAGGGACUGAACCCAGCGAGCCUGUAGAUCUUGGAUACAAAGUUGAAUUGUGCAGGUACAAAGAUUACAGAGAGGCACCAUGGUCUCCGCAUAAAUACGAUAUUAACAAAGACUAUUGGGCUGUGCUGGCAGCACGACUGGCUUUUGUUAUAGUUUUCCAGAACUUGGUUAUGUUCAUGAGUGAUUUUGUAGACUGGAUAAUUCCCGAUAUUCCCAAAGAUAUCAGCGAACAGAUCCACAGGGAGAAAGUCCUCAUGGUUGAGGUGUUCCUGAAAGAAGAGCAGGGAAAACUGCAAAUGCUGGAAACGUGGAAGGAGCACGAACGGAGAAAAGGAGAAAACUGCAACAGCCAAAGCCCAGGACUUUCCCGCAGUCAGAGAGGAAGUUCGUCGUCUAUGUAUUCUCAUCGUGUGGAUGUUUAGAGAGCGCGCAGGGCAGUUUAAGGCAUUCAUUCCACUGAUAGAAAUUAUCAGCAGCUUGACCCACCCAAGAGCCCAUGAGUUCAUCUUUCAAGUUUAUUACCUUUUACCCUUGGUGGAAUUUGCAGGACCAUGUGUUUACAUGAGCAGCAACUGUUUAGAACAUGUAUCUGCAUGGGGGGAAAAUUAGCAAUAGUAUAGGUUAAUUUAAUCUCUAUUCGGUUUUCUUUUUGUUUGUGCCUUGUGCUGGAGAUCCUGCGAAACUCUUUAAGCUUUACUCGUAGAAUUAACCCCUGUGACUGCUGGAGGUCCAUUGAAAUAUUUUGCACAGAGUUCGGCCCGAGACAAGCCCCCAGUUGCGUGGAUAUCUUUACUGGACAUGCCUGUGCUGACAUUCCACAGUGGACAAUGUGUUUAAGUGCAGGCACCCUAAACUGAUUCUUGGGAUGACCCUCUCACGAGCCAAACACACAUUGGAAGGCGGAUGUAUUGGUUAUCUGUUGCACCACGUACCUCUUUGGUCAUGAAGAAUUUUUACUGUACUGAACAGUUCAGUUUAACGCAGCUCGCUAAGCCGAUGCUGUCCGUUGCAGCGCUAACAGGUUACGCCUUCAGAGAGAAUAUUUUUAUAGAAACUACCUAUGCAAUGUAAAGAUUUUCCUUUCUUUAUAUAAAUCUUUUAUACCUAUUUAUUGAUAACAAAGUUUAUUAGGAAGCGGUAUAGUCCUGCUUCCAUUUAGUCAUUUCAUGCCGGAAAAAAGAAAAAAAAUCUGCACUGGCCUUCAGUACAAGAAAACCCUCUGUGGUUAAUGAAAUUCAAUUGCCUUGUCUGUUCUGUUUUAUUGUUUUUGUUUUUUUGGGGAAUUUUCAUAGUUUGACAAAAACUGUUUUAACUUGUUUAUGCAACCUAAACUGUUACCUGCAAUGUGUAAUGUGUUUUUGUCUGCAGGCGUCGGCUGCCUUUUAGGACUGGCAAUGUUCCAUAACAUAAAGCCUGAGCUAGCCGUCGUUCUACGCACUGACCAACCAAAGACAUGAAAAGGGCUAUAAUAGCUUCAGCACCUCAAGAACGUUUCAUACCGUCCUAAAGUCGGAAUAGUUGUCUAAGUGACGGAAGUCACGAUUUUACGGUUAUAAGUGCCUGACCAUAUUAGUUGGCUGCAGCAGAUAUUCUGCCGGGUUACUUAAUCAGCAUUAUCUUCACUAUUAUUAGACUGAUUCAAAAUGACAAGUGUUGUGUGAGGGUGUGGGGUUAAACAUGCAGUAAAAUCCAAGUUGGUGUUUAAUUUCUUUAUUUGCAAAUGAAAAAAAUGUAUAUUUUAAACAAGGGUGGUGGUGAGCAACCCAGAGCAGCCUGCUGAUUGGUCAGGGCUUUCUAUCCACAAACCCACAGAAUUAACAAGAGGUAAGUGUAGAGCCUGUGUUCUUAAUGGGACUCGACCCUUAGUCGCUACUCUAAAAUUCCAGUCCUGUUGUUUCAGAAACACCGGUCUCCAUUUCAAAGCAAAAAUCUCACAUAUAUUUAUUUCAAAAAAGGAUAAUUUUACACACACAAAAAAUUGUCUUCCAAGAUUGACUAACCACAGUCUGGAGCUUUCAGCAUGUACAUGUGUAAAAGCUACAGGCCCUUCUAUCUAGAACUUCAUACGAUUGUUAGAGUUCAGGUUUACAUUUCACCUUGACAAUAAGUAGCCUGAUGUACAGCUUCUAUUGGUUGGCAACAUAGCAUGGAAUAAGAACGAAGGUUGGAAACGGAGAUGAUCUUUAUACGUUAUGGCACAUUUACAUGAUUAUUACAAAUUCCUUUCUUGGGUUUUUUUUUUGUUUUUUAAGUUAAAAUCUUGAUUUUGGUGAAAAUUAUAUAAAUAAAAUCUAAUAUGCAGUUAA